AUGAUCCCCGGCAGAGCCAAAAAUCAUGUCGAGCUUGCUGAGCUGCCGGAUGAUGAGCUGCUGGAUGAAGAGAUAGCCCUGGUCUCCGGUGCCCUGCCCAGUGACGCCGAGAUCCCUCUUCCAGAGCAGUACGAUGAUUUCAUCCGCGACGAGGAUCCGAACAAGCCUCGCCGUCGUCCUAAAGCACCGGGCGACUCUAAGAAGAGCCCUGAGCUCAACUCGGCCGAUGGAGACGCACCAGAAGUGAUCGAUGUGGAUGCCCUCCCUGCUUUGCCGAAGCACAAUCGAAUUGCAGUCCUCUCCGGUCAUCCUCAAGCCAAUGGAAGCAAGUCCACCGCCAACAAGUCUCAAGGCGGCAAGUCCACGGCCAGCAACACCACGGCCAGCAAGUCCGCGACCAGAGACGUCAUGGCUGGUUCCUUGUUCCAGUCCAAUCUCAUGUCCACCUUCACGAAGACUGGGUCCAAUUCGAGCGGUGCCAUUCCCAUGCUCCCGCCGUUCAAUUACACAGACACCGCCCUGAUCCCACAUAACAUGGAGAAGCAAGCCUUCAAGACCAACAAGCGAUUUGCUGAGGUAGUGGCACACAUUCCAAAUGCAUUUGCUACUCCCUCGAUCACCCUUGAAGACAAGAAGAAGCUACUUCUGGCAUUGAACGAAGAGUGGAAACAUCUUCUGAAAGACAAGAAAGACGGUAUUUCAAUUGAGACGCACCUCGCUCGAGUCAAGCCAAUGUACCUCACUCGCGUUGUCUCCAUGAUCUGGAGAGCGAUGCGAUGCGAAGAAGGGUUUUAG